AUAGUAGAGGUUCUGUACUACAGAAGUAAACAGCUGUUAACGUUCUCGCCCAUAUGAAAACAAAUAAACGCUAAAUUCGAAAUUGAAAAUUAUGUCCUGAGAAGAGAUUCUGGCUUACGAAAUAGGUUUAGAGUAAAAUAAACUUUUCAUUUGCUCUCGAAUUUCUAAAAUCAGAUUAAUUUUGAACUCUAAUUUAAAUGUCUCUAAGAUAAAUAUGAUUAAAUAAACUAAUUCAGUAAAUUACUUGUCACAGCAACUUUAACAAAAAUUGCAGACGAUUUUAAUUUUUUACGAAUUAUUUUGACUACUCAUUUGAUGGAAUAAGCAAGAUGUUGAGUUUUUAUUUUGAGAAAAAAAAUAGGAGAAUGUAGCUCUUCAUCUUUGAUGAGCUUCAUAAAUAGUUGGCAGUAUGAAGAUAUUCAAAUAAAUGGAUCUAGAAAAAUAUAAUAACUUAGUUAUGGACUUCCAGAAUCUGAUGUCAUGCAUUAAAUGUCAUGAAGAUUCAACUAAUAUUCCUAUAAUCUUAGAAACAUUAAAAACUAUUAUUGAUAUCUGUGUUAAUGAAGAUUGUGGAAAAGAUGCUUUUCGAGAAGAAGGUGGACUUGAUUUUCUUAUUGAACUUGUUUCUACCACAGAUAGUACAACCCUGUUAGAACACUUGUUGAAAACAUUGGCUUUUAUCAUUGAUGAAAAUGUUCAUAGUCAAAUGCAUUUGACGAAAAAAGAUUAUUUUCUAAUUCUUCAAGCAAUAAUUCAAAGACCUUCUUUUCCUCCUGUAAUACUGAAAAAUUCACUUUUGCUUACAUCUUCUAUCCUUUUCCAAAACAGUCUGGCACAAAGUUUAAUGUUAGAAAUUGGAUUUCUUCAAGAUGUUAUUAAAUUAUUUGAACAAAGUGCCUCUUUCUACAUAUGUAAUAAUUUUAGCAAUCCAGUGUUAAGUGACUCGCCUGUUGAUAUACUAAUAAGUGCAAAUUCUGUUUUGUGCUUUGCUGUAAAUAAUCCGCAGAAUGAACCAAACCAAGAAAUUUGUUCUGUACUUUUCCCACGAUUAUUGAAGUUGUUUGAAUUAUCUUCUGAUACUGCUCUCUCUGGAUCAUUAUCAUCGUUUUUAUCUCUGUGUGUGGCCAACAAUGUUAAGAGUCAACAGAAGUUUGCUGAUUCUGAUGGCUUAUUGGUAUUAAAACGUUCUCUUCAAAAGUAUUAUGAUUUAGCUGUUUCAGAUGUAACAGAAUUUCACAGUGUUGUUUCGAAAUGUACAUUACAAUCCUUGAUUAAUUUGAUUGGUGUCAUUACAGCUGUUGCAAGUGAAAAUGAUAAAAAUGCUGCCAUUUUGGGUAAGCUUGGUGUACUAACUUUAAUGAUAAAAUUGCUUUUAUCUGGAAUUCUUAAUGAUGAGCUGAAAAUUCGAGUUAUCUUAGCACUUGCUUAUUGUAUAGAUGCGCAUAGUAGCUGUAAAUCAUAUGUUCUUCAAUUUGAAAAUUUUCAUAACUUCCUUAAAAGUUGUUUUCAAAAUGGUAACCCAGAACUUGUGGCUGCAAGUAAAUACUUAUUGCAAGUAUUUUUAAAUGGAAAUGAUAAUUUAUCUGAAAGUGAUUCUCUGCAACAUGAGCAACUCUUUCCAUCUGUGACCGAUAAGGGCAGUGUUGUUAAACUCAAACUUGACAAGUUGCCUGCUAAAAAGAGUGUCAUUGGUGGUUCUGUUCGAUCAAUUAUUAGUUCAAAGGAAUGUGGGCAUUCCAGUUUGAAAAGAAAAUUUUUAUUAAAUGCACCAGAUCAUAAUGAUUUUAUUAAACCUAUUCGGACUGGAGAACUGAGUAAGCAAACUGAAAAAUUUUCAAGCAAGCAAAAUAAAAACAUUUUCGGUGAAGGCCAAAUAAAUGUUUCACCAAAUUUAAAAAUGUUUCAUCCUUCGAUGCACAAAGCUUGUUCCACCUAUGAUAAUACAGAUUAUUAUCAAAACUCUAUUUCACAUACACCUUCUGUAAAAAGUUUCCAAAACUGUAAAAAAGAAAAUAUUUUGCUAAUUGAUGAUAACUCAUGCUCCUUACCUAAUCAUGAAAGAAAAAACUUGAUUUGCAAAAAAAAGUUUGGACAUUCAUCAUUAGUGUUUUCAGAUUCUGAUGCUUCUAGUCAAAAUAGUAAAGACAAUAAUCUUUCAAUUCACAAUGAAAAACUUGAUAUCUCCUUAUCAAAUCAUAAAGCUAAAGAUUCUAGUGAUUUUCAUCAUGGUUUUAGCAAUAGUUUAGCAGCUUUAAAAAAAUGUAAUUCUAUUUUAAGUGAAAUAACAAACCUUGAUCAAGAAAUUGAAAGUAUUAAGGCAGAGAAAAGCUGCCAUUCGAAAUAUAAAUCAAACAGAAAUAUCAGUGAGUCAAAGGAGAAUUCAGUCAUCAGUUUGUGGAACCCAACAAAACAGAAAAGUAAUAUUUAUUUUGAUUUUUCUGAGAAUGUAUCACAAAUUAAGAAUGGAAAUUUUUCUGAUCACAAAAAUUUUCCCAUUGAUAAAAAGAAAAAACUUUCACGUCUCUCUCAUAAAGCAGCAUUUCCUACCAAAGAUUUAUUCAAAGCUCCUCUUAAGUUGCCUUCAUCAAAUAAUUUUUUGGAGACACUUGAUUUUGGACCGUGUAGUAGAACAAGUAGUUCAAAAACUGAUCAGUACUCUAGUCCACAUACAAAAAGAAAGAGAAUAAAGAAGAAUGUUUUUGAUGGCUCUUUAGCUGAAAGCGUAUUGGAUACUUCCAGCCUUAAUCUGGAUUCUGAUAAAGUCUUUGGAAAUAGUAUGCAAGUAAUAGUCUUACCAGGUGAUUCUUGUGAACAGCACAAACUUAUUGCUGGUUUUCAAUUUCUGAAAGUUAAACCUCUGAAAAAUGCUGUUUUGAAUGUGAAUUAAUGUCAGAAAAAAAUAUUGGAUUUGUUGUGUUAAUUAAAUAAAACUUAAGUUAAAAACUUAAGACAUUUAAGUAGACAAAAUAUUUUAUCCAUUAUAAAAGUAUAAUGAAAGUAAAGAUGUAAAAAUUUAAAGAUUAGUAUCCUAAGGUUUACAAUUUGAUAUAUGUUGUUUACAAAUAUAUGUUGAACUGUUUCACUUUAACUUUGAUUUUUUUUUUGUGGUUAAGAAAACUUAAUUUUCUUAAGAUUAUUAAAAAUUUGAAACUAUUAAAACUAGUAAUUCACUUGUAUAAUAUUUUCUGAAAAUUAAACAAUUAUACACAUUAUUACUUUA